CAACCACUGUCACUCCUUCGCAAGACUGGCCCCCUCGUUACUUCUCUCAGUCUCUAUGAUAUCCGUGGCGCACCCGGUGUUGCAGCACAUGUAAACCAUUAUGUUAACCAUUCGUUUGUUCAAUCAGGUUUCAAGGUCGAUGGUUACCCUGCUGACAAACUCGAUGAGGCCCUUGAUGGUGUCGAAGGCAUCAUUAUCCCUGCUGGUGUCCCAAGAAAG